AUGAAAUUAGCUGCCACGGCCCCCCGCAUCCCGCCCACGCGGCUGGCCCUGCACCACUUCGACGUGAACUACAGCCUGCAGCUGAAGGACCUGUGGCCCUCCGUCCGCGCCAGCCUGCUCUGCGAGCAGAAGUACGGUGCCCUCCUCAACAACUUCUCUGCUGUCCACCACGUCACCCAAGAGCUGGAGCUGCUGAAUGCCACCGAUUUUGUUUCCGAAGCCCCCAAAAAGGCACCGCGAUCGCAGCGGGGUGCGGCUGCAGAGGAAGCAGGGAGGGGGGAAAGCAGGUCCCAGGAGAGGUCUGGCGAGGGCAGGACAGCGAUGCAGGCAGAGACGAUGACACAGGCAGAGAUGUCACCACCGCUUCGACCCUCCAUCAGCUCCAACAUCAAGUGUUACACCUUCCCCAGGGGCGACAUCACGCGCUUUCGCCCUGCACGGCCGGAUGCUCUGGGGCUCCUCGACUAUUAUCUCAUGGACGCAGCAUCUCUCCUGCCUGUCCUGGCGCUCAAUGUGCAGCCGGAUGACUUUGUCCUCGACCUUUGUGCGGCUCCGGGUGGCAAGACUCUGGCUCUGCUGCAGACUGGGAUUUGUGGGCAUCUGGCAGCCAACGACGUCUCCAUUUCCCGGACAAAGAGGCUGCACCAGAUUCUCCAUAGCUAUGUUCCCAAAGUAAUUAGGGAGACUGUGAGUGUCACGUCCUGCGACGGAAGGGACUGGGGGCAGCUGCAAGGCAGCACUUUCCAUAAGGUCCUGGUGGAUGUGCCCUGCACGACGGACAGGCAUUCUGUCAUGGAGGAGGAGAACAACAUCUUCCACAAGAGGCGAACGAAGGAGCGUCAGAUGUUGCCCAUGCUGCAGCUGCAGCUGCUGAUGGCUGGGAUCCUCGCUACCAAGCCAGGAGGAGAGGUGGUGUAUUCUACGUGCUCCCUCUCCCCGCUGCAGAAUGAGUAUGUGAUUGAGAGAGCAGUAGAAAUUGCAGAAACCGAGUUUAACAUCAGUAUCCAUGUUGAGGACUUGAGCCACUUUCGGACACUCUUCCAGGACACGUUUUCCUUCUUCUUGGAUUGCCGACUGGGGGAGCUUGUUCUGCCUCACCUCACAGCCAACUUUGGACCUAUGUAUUUCUGCAAAUUACGUCGGAUGUAGAAGGGUUGACAGACUAUGUCUGUUGGC